UUCUUCCCCUACAGGUAUAAAAGCACGCAUCACCCGCCAAGAUGGCCCCAUUCCCAUACCCCUCCACUCAGAGAACGGAUAUCCACAAUGUCCGCCACUCACCUUACGCCUUACUACGAAGAUGGCCUCGCCUCCGCCGCACUCAACUCGCCCGUCUCCGAGGCGUACACGCGACCCGAAGACGGACUCCUCGACGACCUUUGUGAAGGGGUCGUCGAUCCGUAUUGGAAUCAAACAGGGAUGUUCGGAGCGCUUUCCGUCGGCCAGGGACCCUCGCUCUUCGAGUUACCGGACGCGGACCUGGAUGCUCUCAUCCAUGGGCUAUGUGACCCGUACAGCCUGAGCACGUCGGUCCCAUGCCAUGAUUCUCUCGCGCUAGCAGCAGGCACCGCGUCGCAGCUGCACCCCGCAUACCCAUCUCCCACCUUCGCGGAGGACAGGUCGCUCUGGCACAAUGCCCUUCCUGGAUCAUGCACGUAUGGCUCGCCUAGCCCUAGCGCGGUGGACACGUCACAGAGUCCGCUCUUCUACUACAGCGACGAGACCGCGUAUUCGAGCCCCUGCCGCGAGCGCUCUUCGACCAUGGACCUGUUCUCCACCUUACCCCCCGACCCCUCCCCGGAGUUGUUUCUUGACACACCGGGCGCAGGAUCUUCAUCUGCGACCUGCCACGAUGCCCACUUGCCGACCUCUAUGAUUUACCAUACCGCGCCAGACGUCCCCGCUGAUGAGUCGCCGAAGAAGCGAGCCAACCCGACGUCGGGCACGAGCGCCGCUCGCCGCAAACAUACUCGACCCAGCAGCUCUGUCGUCCCGUAUUCUCGCACUAGUCGAGUGCGCACCACGUCGCCUCGUAACAAGCAGGUCGGCUUUGUACCCUCCGCCGAGCUCGUCGCCCACGAAGGGCUGUCCGCCUGCCUGUAUUGUCCCUUCUCUACGCAACGCAAGGGCGACCUCAAGCGACACGUACGCACGCAUUUCGCUCUCAGUCGUGGACAGGAGUGGGUCUGCUGCGGAGUCCCAGAGGAGGAUGCACUCGAGCUCGCUGGAGAAAGCUACGAGUAUGGAGGUCGGAGAAUGGUUGGAGGCUGCUUGAAAACUUUUAGCAGAGGCGACUCGUAUCUUCGGCAUUUGAGAAAAGCCAGGUGCUUGAGGCCCGUGGAUGUGUAGACGGAGUCUCGAGUACUACUUCACGGGACGU